UGCGCUCAGCUGCUGGGGGGCGGGGCCGCAGCUGACCAUGGCGGGCGAGCUUGAGGGUUCCAAACCUCUGAGCGGGCUGCUGAGCGGCCUGGCCCAGGAAGCUUUCCACGGGCAUCAAGGCAUCACAGAAGAGCUGCUGCGGAGCCAGCUCUAUCCAGACGUGUCACUGGAGGAGUUCCGCCCCUUUCUGGCUAAGAUGAGAGGGAUUCUUAAGUCAAUUGCAUCUGCAGACAUGGAUUUCAGCCAGUUGGAGGCAUUCUUGACUGCUCAAACCAAAAAGCAAGGUGGGAUCACAUGUGACCAAGCUGCUGUCAUUUCCAAAUUCUGGAAGAGCCAUAAGACAAAAAUUCGAGAGAGCCUCAUGAACCAGAGCCGUUGGGACAGUGGGCUUCGAGGUCUGAGUUGGAGAGUUGAUGGCAAAUCGCAGUCAAGGCAUUCAGCUCAAAUACAUACCCCUGUUGCCAUAAUGGAGCUGGAAAUAGGAAAAAGUGGACAGAAACAAGUCAGGGUUGCCUGGACCAAAAUACGUGUUCCUUUUGACCACACAUUGGCAGGACAGGAAUCUGAAUUUCUGUGUUUGGAAUUUGAUGAAGUCAAGGUCAAUCAAGUCCUAAAGAAGCUGUCAGAGGUAGAAGAAAGUAUCAGCACACUGAUGCAGCCAGCCUAGCUGAAGAUGGAGUUGUUGAAGCAAAGGUGUUCAUGAUCCCUCCCCAGUGAGCUGGGGUGUUUUGUUGUUGUUUUGUCGUUGUUUUUUUUAAAAUCUUAUUCCCCCAUUAGUAUUAAAUCCUCAAAUUCAAAUCUU